ACACUGCUGCAUUUAUCCCCUGGAGAGGACGGGAGAGAUAUGGAGCCAUAUACACGUGAAAAGGAAAAAAAGUUCAUUUCAUCAAUGAUUUCAUUAUUACUCUGAGGCAGUAGUAAUUUAGAUUAAAAUGUCGUUCGUGUCAGAUAUUUAAGCUACAGAAUGUCGGAAUCUGCGGAAGUUGGUUGUCUCUCGGCUGUAGAGUUUGUUCGUCGCUUAUUGCUCGAGUCUUCUAAUUUAACAAGACAUAAAAAAUGAUUACAAUGAACAAACCAAUUCUUGCUAUUUUAAUCAUAGCCUUAAUUAAUAUUACUGCCUCGGCAGUAAUAAACUUCGAUUCUCAUGCAAAGAUAUUGGACAUAAAUGUAAUUGUAAGAAGACGAAGGCUCAUUUGUGAGGACAAUGAAGAAAGUUUAAAUCUAUCAGACAAUAAAUUAACGAAAAUAAAAACAGGAUUUAUUAACAGUUCGGCAAUACGAUCGAUUUUAUUAAACAAUAAUGAAAUUCAGGAAAUACCUAAUGGGGUGUUCGAUCAUGUUCCAAAUUUGGAAUGCUUGGAUCUAAGGAAUAAUCAAAUACCAACAUCACAACUCUUGAAUUUGAAACACGAUGGUUUAAGAACCCUGAUAUUUGAUGACCAAAAACCCGCGAAAUCGAACAUUUCGAUGAACGAUGUAUUGUUUAAUACGUCACAGGUGAGUUUGCCAAAUGUGGAAACAUUAUCUUUGAAAGGGAUUCAUUACGAUCAUUUUGGGCUCUAUUCGAAUUUAUUUCCAUCGCUGUAUACGAUUUUCUUUAUUAAUAAUUAUCUGCAGUACAUAAAUCCCGAUUUGGUAAAAUAUUUCAGCCAUCACUUGAGAAGUAUUCAUUUCGAACAAAACGAUUUAAGAAAUGUACAUUUAAAUGAUUUGAGAAACGUAGAAGAGCUGUAUUUUGACAAUAAUCCAUUAGAAAGCCUCCAGAUUGAUACUCACCACAAUUUGAAAAUUCUUUCUUUGGCGAAUUGUGAUCUGGGUGGAGAAUGGUAUUUAUCUUUAUUUAAUAUAGAGACUUUAGAUUUAUCAGGAAAUCGAAUGGAUGAAUCUAUUACCACUGAAAAGUUUUCCGAGGUUUUAAAUUUAGAAAAUUUGUCCUUAAGUCGUAACAAAUUUACGACUAUUCCACAUUUGGACAACUUGCCUCGACUGCAAAAAUUAUCGCUCAGUUACAAUAUGAUCGAAACGAUCAGUGACGUGAUACAUGCAGGCUCUUUAAAAACGUUAGACCUGCAAGGGAAUCGUAUAAACGAUAUCCAUCCGGGUGCUUUCUGGGGUGUUCCGAUGCUCGAAGAAUUAGAUUUGUCGCACAACCAAUUGUAUAUUUUGGAUUAUCGUUGGGGUGAAAAUCUGAAUAUGCUUCGUUCUUUAAAUUUAAAAUCAAACCUGUUCGAAACUAUGUCCCAUAUGGGUAUUCGCUCGUUCAGCAAUGUUACGGAUGUAUAUGUAGGAAACAACUAUUUUCAAACGAUACACAAUUCUGACAUUCUAGAUUUACCCAAUAAUUAUACCAUAUAUAUGUCAACUUCAUGGUCGACGGGGUUGCUGAUACUUGCCUUCAGCGCGCAGAUGCUGUGCAACCACGACAAUAAUGAUCUUCCAAUAAUUGUUUCCAGAUACCCUCCUAACCAUCCUAGGAACAAGUAUCCGCAUCAUCAUUCUGGUAAUGACGACAACGCCAUCGCGGGGAACAAGCCAUCAUCUUCAGCAAAGGUGGAUCCUCCGGUUCCGAAUGGCAUUCCUAAUCCUUACCCUGUCCAUAAAGUCACGUCGUCAGUUCCAUACGAACCUCCCAUUAAAAAUCAAAAGACCAUUCAAGUGCACUGUCCACCGGCUGCGGUCCUGAAUUUCGCUCGGGUAGGGCUGAGGAGGAUCGGCGACGCGUUCAUCGAGAGUUCAGAAACGAAGGAGCUCUACCUGGACAGUAACGAGAUCGCUGAGAUCUCCAGCACGGCGUUCUCCUCGUUGAAUCAAUUGGAAGUUCUCAGUUUAUCGAACAACAACAUCCCAACCGAAAAGCUGUUAUGGUUCGCCAAACACUACAUGCUGCGGAAGUUGGUUCUGGACGACAACAGAUACAACGAUACCACCUCCUCCAGUAUCCAGAAGAUAUUUCAAUCGCUGCCGAAGCUAGAAGAAUUGUCUUUGAAGAGGGACGGCAUUUCGCGUUUCGCCGUCAAUUUGAACAGUUUCGCACCUAGGCUGAAGUAUCUCCAACUUUCGGGGAACAGCAUCGACGAGCUGGAUUUUCUGGACGAUCUACCAGCAACUAUGACCUAUCUUCACCUGGACGACAACCAGAUCACCAAGGUAAGGAGCGUCGCUCUGAAACACCUCGUGGAGCUGUCCGUGAGCGGUAAUCAGAUCGAGCAACUCUGCUCCGAUCAGUGUUCCGAUUCCUACCUAUCGUUGAAUGGCUUGGAGAGAUUGCAAAGGUUGGACGCUUCUCGGAACAGCAUCAAAGCGUUGACGGACAACCCGUUCUCCGACACGAAAGAACUGAUUUCCUUGGACUUGUCUCGCAACAAGAUCAAGACCUUUCCGGUUGACAUAUUCAAACCGUCGCCGAAGCUCGAGGAGCUUUUCUUGAGUCACAAUCAGUUCCCAUCGGUACCGAACAUCUGCUCGUUGAAUUAUCUGAGGCAACUGGACUUGAGCUACAACAACAUAGGUGUCGUCGCCAAGAACGACUUGUGCGGCGGGUCGAAUCAUCAAUUGCAUACUUUGCUUUUGAGAGGGAACCAUAUCACCGAGGUGGACACCGAGAUUUACACGCAACUGAAGUACUUGAAGAAACUCGAUCUGUCGGACAAUCUAAUCCUUCACCUUCCGGUGACUCUGAUCCAUAGGGCUAGGUCCUUGCAAACUCUUCUGCUGAGGAACAACAACAUCGAGAACAUCGACGAGCUGUUCAAUACCCACUCGAGCACCUUGCAGGAUCUACAUCUUCAGGGGAAUCCGAUCUCCGUUGUCAAAUAUUCGGUUAGGUCAAACACUGUGGUACAUUUGAAGGACGUGCCGCGAGAGACGAAGGAGGAACCGGAGGAUCUGACGAGCAACGAAAUCGACGACAAAGAUUAUUCGUCCAACGAAUCUUUCUAGCUUUAGAAAGAUCGAAUGAACGUUAUUCGAGAGUACUUGGACUAAUUACCAAGUGAAGAAUAGAAGAAUAAACGAGGGAUUGUUGGAGUGUCGUCUAACUUUCAAUACUAACAAUUAGAGUAGCAAUGUUAAUGAAAUACUAAUAGAUAUAAUACUAUAGUAGAAUAUUGUAACACUAACAUUAUUUUCUUUUUUUUCUAUAAGUAUAUUUGUGGA